UAGUUCAGCUGCAGUGCGAGCGAAAUCUUCGAUCCGUUUGAUAUCCAAGAGCACAGCAAGGCGCGAAACGGCAUUGGACGCUGACACGUUUGACACAGUUUCUCAUGUGUGUGAUCUGAUGCGUUUCCGGUUGGAGUGGUAGCGCACAAGUAGAGUUUCGGAAAAAGAGGUGUCAUAAACUGUGGACGGGCAGCGCAGAGGGUCUACGUACGAAAGCUACUAUGCGCUGUCAGUCCUUUCAAACCACGGACACAGAAACGGAACGCCACUGCUUGUUAUCAAGCAGACUUCCAAAAUGUACUCACUUUCACGGGAAAUGGGCGCUUUGUUAUGGAUACAUAGAUAACGUUUCCCUGUCUUCUGUUCAAUUCGGAAUCGAGUAAGUCUCAGUCCAACCAGUGAAGCGAAUAUCAAAGAGCAACGCUGUUAUGGAUCAGAGCGAAGAUGACAACGUUUCUUUAUCUCCAAGCCUGCCCUCUCCACCUCUGUUCCCGGCUGCGCACCACAUGCACAGAACCACUCAUUUUUUCAUCGAUAACAUCCUUAGACCGGACUUUGGCUGCAAAAGGGAGCAGGGUCCAGGCGUACACACUUCACGUUGUUUUUCUUUCCCCAGCACUCCUUGCUCGGAUUCCAACUGCAGCGCCAACAGCGUUUCUUCUUCAUCCUCCUCCACCGUCUCAUCCCCAGCCAGCAAGAGACAUUCCCAGGUAGACGAUGGAGUUAAUGUAUCACAUUUUGGGGUUGUCCCGGCACCACCCGUUGCUUUGAGUAGUCCAGGUGAAACCCCCGCGCCCAGUAAGGACACCCGAGAGCAUUUGUGGCCCGCGUGGGUUUAUUGCACAAGAUAUUCUGACCGGCCCUCAUCUGGCCCAAGGACCCGGAAAUUGAAAAAGAAGAAUAACGACAGUGAGGAUAAACGACCCAGAACGGCGUUCACAGCUGAGCAGCUCCAAAGACUGAAGGCUGAGUUUCAGGCCAGCCGGUAUAUCACGGAGCAGCGCCGGCAGACUCUAGCGCACGAACUCAACUUGAACGAGUCGCAGAUUAAAAUCUGGUUCCAGAAUAAACGCGCGAAAAUCAAGAAAGCCAGCGGAUUAAAGAACGGCCUCGCGCUGCAGCUGAUGGCUCAGGGACUGUACAACCAUUCCACCAACACCAUUCAAGAGGAAGAAGACGUCAACUUGCAGAGAGAGAGAGAGAGAGAGAGAGAGAGAGAGAGAGAGAGAGAGAGAGAGAGAGAGAGAGAGAGAGAGAGAGUGAGUGAGUGAAGGGAAAGAGAGGGGAAAUGGGAAAACUGCAUAAAUGACCAGACAUUGUUGAAAGAAACUGUGGCUUGGCUUGUGAAAUUACCGGAUCAUCAUGUAUGGGCGAGGCGAGCGGACUUACAUAUCUGAUAUCAGAUGUUAUUCUUUACUAAAUAUUUAACGCUGCAUCAAAAUAAACCCUUUUAUACCUGCAAUAUGUAGCCGAUAUUUUUCCCGAUAUAAUGUUAUUGUGCCUUAUUGUUUCUGUCUGCAUUGUAAAAUAUGCUAUUCUUUAUUUGCAUUGGGAAUCAGAGAUGGACCUAGUAGCCUUACCCAAAGCAUCAAACAGUAAGUUUGUUUCGCCAGAUUACAGAAUACAGUAUAAAAUAAUCUACAUACAUUUCUUGCAAUGCCUUGCUGCCCAAAAUAGGCAUGUGUCGAAAACAUCAUUAAUGUUGUUAACAUUUAGUCUUACAGCCAAUUUUUUUUUUUUUUAAUCAAUGCAGGCUGAUGUAUUUAACAUCAAAACACUUGUCUUUAACAUUGCAAUGUUUUUUAUGAGUAAAUAAAAACGACAUAAUUUUU